AUGUGGUGGCUAUUUGGCAACAAUGAAUCCAAAAAGGCCAAGGCUCAUCGAUCCUCUCGUGCCGGGCACUUCUUUUCGACCCACAAUACAGCCUGUGGUGGGUCAUCUCUCGAAUACCAGAUUCAGGAAAUGACCCAAGGUCUCCCCAGAGACCUUAAGAAGAAGAAAACCGGCUCUCAUGGAGGGGAAAGUUCUUCCCUUUGUGACCUCCACUGGUCGUUGAACUAUUACCUGGUUGACGAUAUUCUCCGUCUCGUCAAGCGUGAGGUCACAUCCCAUUUCCGGCAGCUUGAUGCAUACCCAGAUCUGAUCGAGCCAGUAGAGGCCGAUAUUCUUCAUCGUCUUCGCGCUUUGAAGGGCCUAUGGACCAAACCAAACCCCGAUGGCCCCGUAGCUCCAAACGCAUGGCCAUACCAAAUCAACGGGUGCGCAGCUUGUAUCCUAGCCCGUAUCGCCUCAGACAAAGACGCCCUCCGCAACCUACGCGUCGUCAUUCAAAGUCGCACUCGAACACGCAAAAACCACCGUCCGCGAGAAUUGAAUAUCUUCGUCGACCAUUGCAUUGAUAGGUUUGAUCCUGUUGAUGCGGAAGAGUUGCACACUAUUGCUAGCCAGCUUGCUUUUGGGAUGAAGCGCGCGAGGAAGGCUUGUGUUAAGGCUUAUAUGCAUGAUCGAGAAGAUGAUCCUGAAAGGGAGAUGAGGCGAAAGCACCGUCAUCAUUCCAGGAGACAAGGUAGUUCGAUCUCAUACCGAUCGUGUUGA